AUGUUGUGUGUGUGGCAUAUUAACAAAGAUGUUGAGGCGAAGGUUACUUCCAUGUUUGAAAAAAAGAAGGAGAUUGGUGCCAAGUUCAAAAAUGGGAGGUGGAGGCAUGUGAUUAAUGCUACAUCUGAAGAGGCAUAUGAAAGAGAGCUUGUAGAGCUGAAAACCAAGUGGAGUCGAUGGCCGAAAGUGAUUAACUAUGUUGUGGACACUUGGCUCAUACACAAGGAGAAGUUUGUGAUGUUUUGGACGAAUCAGGUACUGCACUUCGGCAAUGUUAACAACUGCAGGGUUGAGAGCCAGCAUUCGGCAUUGAAAUGUUGGAUUGACAGUUCUACAGGUUCUUUAGACACAGUUUGGGCUCAAGUUCACUGCUCGAUUGAGAACCAGAUCAUAGCCAUUCGUAAUGGGUUAGAGGCAUGUAGAGCAACUCAUGGUCAGAAGUACAAGCAGAAGCCUUUGCAUCAGCUGAACGGAAAGGUAUCCCACUAUUGUUUGUCUAUUCUUCUUGGUGAGACGAACAGGAUGCGAGGGUUGAGUACAAAUGUCCAUCGACGUUGUGGGUGUGCUCUACGUACUACCCACGGGUUACCUUGUGCGUGCCAAAUAUAUGACUCGAUUACUGCAGGGAUGGGGUUGUAUACGAAGGACAUUCAUCCAUAUUGGAGGACCCUUGGCAUUGGAGCGGGUGUCGACAUUCUUGAUAUAGUUGAUGAAAAUGAUGAGGAUCGAGCUCAUUUCCGUACCCUUGUUGAUCAGGUUAUUGCCAGCGACCCUGUGAUGCUUAGGCACGUGUCUCGAGUGAUUGAGGGUGAGAUGGAUCCUAACUACGAUGACCUUCAGGAGCCUCGAGUCAACCCUCGAGUAAGGGGAAGACCUCCCGAGAGAAGGAACAGGCGAGAUCGUACCGGGUUCGACAUGCGACAAUGUAGAUACAGCUACGCGAUUCCCAACAUGAUGUGGCCUUACGUCGUAGGUGUUAAGGACGUAAUUGGAUAUGGGAAUUGCGGAUUUCGUUGCGUAGUAGAUUUUUGUUACGGAGAUCAGGAAGAAUGGCGGUUGGUUCGACAUCAUAUCGCAAAUGAGGUUGGUUCUCAUCCUUGGUUGUAUAGCAUGAUUUACUACGACAUAUGGGGUCAACAGGUUGGUUCAGGACUGCAGAGGGAGGUAGACCGGAUCAGAUGGGAUGGUGAUGCCUGUGGACAGGAGCAUUGGAUGGUAGCACAGCAGGAUUUGUUUGCUAUUGCCACAAUAUGGAAUGUGGUAGUGAUUUGUUAUAGAGUAGGAAAUAGACCAUCGUGCUACUAUCCAUCUACCACUGUUUUACCGUUGAACAAUCAUGGACGCUUAGACAGGCCUAGUGCAGAGUUCGUGAUUGGAACUGUUGGUGGAUCGCAUUUCCUUCGUUUACAUAUGGAUCAAGACCACCCACUUCCUCCAAUUUCACCAAUGUGGUUUAACGCUCGACAGGCAAGUGUACACGGAUGGGAGGCAAGGUACGAGAGAAGGCUUCAAUUGUGGCAGACAUUAGUUAGCUCUUGA